GUAAACACACAGCCCACCGGAUCAAUGCUCAGGGCAAUUACAAAGCAUCCAACGAACUCUAGCCUGGACGUGCCCCCACAAUGAAACACCCUGGUUUCCUUGGGUGUGUAAGUCGAAGGUAGACAACCUCAAGUCCCACCAAACUUGUGAGGCUGAGACGGCUCAUUGCACCCUAAACCGCGGUUUGUGUGGAUGCUAUGUCGCCGAAAUAACACAACACACCGGAAGAUUUAUUGAAAGAGAAGCUCGAUCAGCUGCAGUGUCACUUCACAUGGAGGCCACAGAAGGAAACUAUUGACUUGGUCGAUAUGAUGUUCAGAUUGCAAUAUUCUCUGACGUGGGGUGUAAAAUAUCAAGCUGCAUCGUACAACCAACUUGCUUUUGUAAACUGUCUGCAGGGUCAUUUUGAAGAAGCCAUUGAAAACUUAAUGGAAGCUGAAAAGAUUCUGAGGGAGAACCACAAAGUUGAAUUUGAAAGAAGAAGCAUCAUCACCUAUGGAAACUUUGCCUGGGUGCAUUACCACAUGGGACAGCUGACCGAGGCCCAGUCCUAUCUCGACAAGCUGGAAAUGAUCUGUAAACUGCUCAGUGACGGCCCUCGCUAUACAGCAAUGAUCCCUGAGGUGUACGGGGAGAAGGGGUGGUCAUCGCUGAGUUCUGCUGUUGAAUUCUAUGAGGAGGCAAAGGAAUGCUUUGCAAAGGCUCUGGAACAAGAUCCUGACAACACCGAGUGGAUAAUGGGAUAUGCGACUGUACUGUCUCGGCUGGAAGCAUUUUCUGGAACACCAGAGAGUCGUGAUCAAAGUCAGUCAGUGAAGUAUUUCCGACAAGUACUGGAGCUUGAUCCAGAUGAUGCUGUGGCCAUGGUGCUGUUGGCUCUAAAACUGCAGAGGCUAAGGCAAAAUGAGGAAGCAAAUGAAUUAGUUGAAAAAGCAUUGCAGAAGACCUCUGAUCUUCCAUAUGUGCUUCGCUGUGCUGGAAAAUAUUAUAGACAAAGGGGAUAUGUGAAGAAAGCAAUCGAGCUCUUGAAACAAGCAUUAGAAUUAACUCCACACUCUUGGUUCUUACACCAUCAACUUGGAUUGUGCUGCAGAAUUAAGCUGGAAUGCCUUCACAAUCCUGUGUUUCAGCAGAGAGCUGAGUUGAUGAAUCUAUGCAAGUAUCACUUUGAAAAGUCUUUUGAGCACCGUCGAAGGUCAGUUGUUCAACCACAACUGGACUUUGCACAUAUCUGCAUAACAAGUGGAGAGUAUUCCAGAGCAGAAGAGAUUUACCAUAGAUUGGUGGAGUUAAUGGAUAUUCGUCGAGAAGAUAUGCAGAGCAUAUGUCUGGAAGCUGGGUUAUUUGAACUGUACCAGAAAAAAUCUGAAACAAAUGCUGUUCGCCUCUUCCUGAAAGGGGUGAAAAUUGAAUGUAACUCAAGAGAACGGGAAAAAUGUCAUAUGAAUUUGGAGAAGUGGGCAGAUAGGAAACUUAUUAUAAAUGCACAUGAUAACAAUGCUCUUGGUAUUAAAGCAUUUCUGUAUCAGCUGGAUGGGAUCAAGGAUAAAGCGACUGAAUACUUUGAGAAGGCCUUGGAGUUUGAUCCUGGCGAUGAGGAAUAUGUGAAUGCUCUUUCUCAGUUACGUAGCUGAGCACCACUGGGAUGUUUAAAAGAUGCAUUUCCAUCUGUUCUGAGGAUAGUUUUGGUGGGUUGUUGCUUUACUAGUUAUAUCCUCUUAGCACCUUCUCUUACUCAUCAGCGUUCGAUUUGCAAAAAUGGUCCCUUUGUAACUAGACCCAAUUAUUGUGUUUCUUUUAAAAAUAUUAAUUCCUCAAGUACUCUGAGCAAACUGAAUUUAACUGUGCUUUUCUGGACUCCGGAAAGAUUGGAUUUGGGAUUCUGCCGCAAGUGGAUUUAAAUGAAAAAUCAAAAAAUUUUCCACAUUGGUUUGUUUGACCUAUUAACCAUUGAAAGUAUUUUACUUUUCAAAUAUAUCGAGUUUGAUUUUAUCUUAAGGAUCUUUGUAAAAUAUCCUCUAAGGAUAUGUUUGGUAAUUAAAGCU